AUGGGUAUAUUCGAAGCAGGGUUUGAGAAGCCCUCACCCAUCCAAGAAGAGACCAUUCCGGUUGCCCUCACCGGCCGAGAUAUCCUUGCGCGAGCGAAGAACGGUACCGGAAAGACUGCGGCUUUCGUCAUACCCACCCUCGAACGCGUCAACCCGAAGAGCCCGAAGACGCAAGCACUCAUCCUUGUACCCACCCGAGAAUUGGCCCUACAGACUUCGCAGGUAUGCAAGACGCUAGGUAAGCAUCUUGGCAUCAAUGUCAUGGUUUCGACUGGUGGCACGGGCCUAAAGGACGAUAUUAUCCGUUUGUCUGAGCCUGUUCACAUCAUUGUCGGCACACCGGGUAGGAUUUUGGAUCUGGCAGGAAAGGGCGUAGCCGAUCUGUCCACCUGCCAGACUUUUGUCAUGGACGAGGCUGACAAGCUUCUGUCACCUGAGUUCACUCCAGUCAUAGAGCAGCUGCUUGGGUUCCACCCCAAGGACCGGCAGGUUAUGCUCUUCAGUGCCACCUUCCCCAUCGUAGUGAAGAGCUUCAAGGAUAAACACAUGAACUCUCCGUACGAGAUUAAUCUUAUGGACGAGCUCACUCUGCGCGGAAUUACGCAAUACUACGCUUUUGUCGAAGAGAAGCAGAAGGUCCACUGCCUGAACACGCUGUUCAACAAACUUCAAAUCAACCAGUCGAUCAUCUUCUGCAACUCUACCAAUCGUGUUGAGCUGCUCGCGAAGAAGAUCACUGAGCUUGGAUACUCUUGCUUCUAUUCGCAUGCCCGCAUGCUUCAGCACAACCGUAACCGCGUCUUCCACGACUUCCGCAACGGUGUCUGCCGAAACCUUGUCUGUUCUGAUUUGCUUACCCGAGGUAUUGACAUCCAGGCUGUCAACGUUGUGAUCAACUUUGACUUCCCGAAGAACGCCGAGACGUACUUGCACCGCAUCGGUCGCUCCGGACGAUUUGGACACCUGGGUCUCGCUAUCAACCUGAUUAAUUGGGAGGAUCGCUUCAACUUGUAUCGCAUUGAGCAAGAGUUGGGCACUGAGAUUCAGCCGAUCCCGCAGGUCAUCGAGAAGAAGCUGUAUGUCUACGAGACCCCCGAGAACAUUCCUCGCCCCAUCUCGAACUCCCAGCGCAAUGCGCAAGGCCAGGAGCAAGAUGGGGCUGUUGCCCGCAACAACCAGAACGGCCGCGGCAACUAUCGCGGUAACCGUGGUGGCGGACAGUUCCAGGGUCAGCCUCGUGGUGGCGCCGGUCGCGGACCUCCGAACCAGCAGAACCGCCAGAAUAACCAGAACGGCCACAACCCGCAGCGUAACGCUCGUCCCCAGCCCGCCGGUCCCGCAUAA